GGGCGUGUGUCACCCUGACAUGCCCCGCCCACUGGCCGGUCUGCAGAUUUGCACAGAGAAGCUGGUCAGUGUGUUUGAUAAAAAUGCACUCUGAUGCGGCAAAUUUUCAGCUGAACUCUCACCUUACUACUCUGGCGAAGAUUUACCACACCCUCAACAGGCUGAACCUGACGGAAGACAGCAGCCGGGAGGAUCACCAGACAGGGAGCCUCCGAUCGUGCGGUGUGUCGGACUGUUGUACGAAGCCAAUGCCCCCCAGGAAAAAGAGGAGGCCGGCGGCGGGAGACGACCUGUCUGCGAAGAAGAGCAGACAUGACGGGAUGUACAGGAAACACGAGGCCACGAGGAUCAAGAAUGAAGAGGUGUUCUCGAGCAAACGCUGCUUGGAGUGGUUUUAUGAAUAUGCAGGUAACGAUGACGUUGUGGGACCAGAAGGCAUGGAAAAGUUUUGUGAAGAUAUUGGAGUCGAGCCUGAAAAUGUUGUGAUGCUGGUUUUAGCCUGGAAGCUGGAUGCACAGAACAUGGGAUACUUCACCUUACAGGAGUGGCUGAAGGGCAUGAGUGCAUUACAGUGUGACACCACGGAGAAGUUAAGAAACUCUUUAGACUAUUUGAGAUCUGUACUGAAUGAGUCGUCGAAUUUUAAGCUGAUUUACAGAUAUGCUUUUGAUUUUGCACGGGAGAAGGACCAGCGGAGUCUAGACAUUAACACUGCCAAAUGUAUGCUGGGUCUGCUGCUGGGCAAAACAUGGCCUCUCUUCCCCGUCUUCAACCAGUUUCUAGAGCAAUCUAAAUAUAAAGUAAUUAACAAGGACCAGUGGUGCAAUGUGCUGGAGUUCAGCCGGACGAUUAAUCUUGACCUUAGUAACUACGAUGAAGAUGGGGCCUGGCCCGUGUUGCUGGAUGAGUUUGUGGAGUGGUACAAAGACAGACAGAUGUCGUAGCGCGCCAGGGAUGGCCUCGUGGAAAACCACUGUAACUGCAGCUGUCCGUCAUGUAUCCAUUUAAUUCCUGUUCAUCCCAGCGCGCAUGCAGCUUCUCUGCACUGUAUUGCACUCACAGGGACUGUGGUGUUCACUGUGCAGCUGGCCAGCUCCACCUCAGUGAGGCGCUGUUCCUUGAUGGCUGUUCUGCAUUUUGUAUUGACACUACGAGCUGGUGGAGCCACCAACAUUCACACUGUGAUGUGUAUAUUGCUGUCUGUAUUUUGUAAAUGUGUAUAAAGUUGCUUAAUAGAAAGAAAAAUCCAUUUCAGUUACAUGUAAUGUUACAAGAAAGCUUACCAUUUCAGUGACUCUUUGAUCUUAAACUAAGUCACUUCGACCAGGGCACAUUGUCAGAAUCAUUUAAAUGUUUGUUAAAUCUCGACUUUGAAUUA